CCCGGCUGCGCCUGGCGGAGCGGUCAUGUCGCUGCUGCAGUCGGCACUGGAGUUCCUGGCCGGGCCCGGCUCCUUGGGUGCCGCCAGCCGAGACCAAAAUGACUUCGUGGGGCAGGUGGUGGAGAUGGGGGACAUGAAGCUGCGGAUCAAGAAGGUCAUCGCCGAAGGUGGUUUUGCUUUUGUAUAUGAAGCUCAGGAUCUCGGAAGUGGCAAAGAGUAUGCUUUAAAGAGAUUACUAUCGAAUGAAGAAGAAAAGAACAAAGCCAUCAUUCAAGAAGUUUGUUUUAUGAAAAAGCUGUCUGGUCACCCAAACAUCGUCCAGUUCUGCUCUGCUGCAUCGAUAGGAAAAGAAGAAUCAGAUACCGGGCAAGGGGAGUUUCUUCUGCUCACUGAGCUGUGUAGAGGGCAACUGGUGGAAUUUUUGACGAAAGCCGAAUCCAAAGGGCCCCUCUCGUGUGAUACGGUUCUGAAGAUAUUUUACCAGACGUGUCGUGCCGUGCAACACAUGCACAAGCAGAAGCCUCCUAUUAUCCACAGGGAUCUAAAGGUUGAAAAUAUGCUAAUGAGUAACCAAGGAACAAUUAAAUUGUGUGACUUUGGGAGUGCGACAACCAUAGCACAUUACCCAGACUACAACUGGUCUGCACAAAAGAGAGCGACGGUUGAAGAUGAGAUCACAAGGAACACCACACCAAUGUAUAGGACCCCUGAAAUAAUAGACCUGUAUUCAAACUUCCCAAUUGAUGAAAAACAGGAUAUCUGGGCUUUGGGUUGCAUCCUCUACCUGUUGUGCUUUAGGCAACAUCCGUUUGAAGAUGGAGCUAAGCUUCGAAUAGUCAAUGGCAAAUAUUCCAUCCCACAAAAUGACACCAGAUACACAGUGUUUCAUGAUCUCAUUCGUUCUUCCUUGAAGGUAAACCCAGAAGAGAGGUUGUCCAUUACGGAGCUUGUGAAUCAACUGCAGGAGAUCGCAGCUGCUAGGAAUGUAAACCCAAAGUCUCCCAUCACGGAGCUUCUUGAGCAAAAUGGAGGCUAUGGAAAUAAUGCUCAGCCUAGGACAUCUUCAGCAGUGGUGCCACAGAACUCAAAACCCGCAGGACAGCUCAACAAUAUGUAUAACGCAGGUCUGACGGUAGCAGAAUGCGACCAGACGUACGGAGGGUUCUUCGAUAUCCUUAGAGGUGGGACGGAGAGGUUUCUCACAAACAUCAAGGAUACAUCUUCCAAAGUGAUUCAGUCUGUGGCAAAUUAUGCAAAGGGAGAUCUGGAUAUAUCAUACAUCACUUCCAGAAUUGCUGUGAUGUCCUUUCCAGCAGAAGGUGUUGAGUCUGCCAUAAAAAAUAAUAUAGAAGAUGUGCGGUUGUUCUUAGACUCAAAACAUCCUGGACGCUAUGCUGUCUACAAUCUGUCUCCAAGAACGUACAGACCCUCCAGAUUUCACAAUAGGGUGUCCGAAUGUGGCUGGCCAGCAAGGCGUUCACCCAACCUUCAAAACCUCUAUAGCAUUUGCAAGAACAUGCAUUUAUGGCUGAAGCAAGAUCCAAAGAAUGUUUGCAUUGUUCAUUGCCUUGAUGGAAGAGCGGCAUCUGCUGUCGUUGUCUGUUCUUUUUUAUGUUUCUGCCGUCUGUUCACCACUGCCGAAGCGGCCGUUUAUAUGUUUAGCAUGAAGCGCUGUCCCCCGGGUAUUUGGCCGUCGCAUAAGAGGUAUAUAGAAUACAUGUGCGACAUGAUGGCGGAAGAGCCCAUUAUCCCUCACAGCAAGCCCAUCCUCAUCAAGUCGAUCGUCAUGACUCCAGUCCCUCUUUUCAGCAAGCAGCGCAAUGGCUGCAGGCCUUUCUGUGAAGUUUAUGUCGGGGAUGAAAGAGUAGCCACUACCUCACAAGAAUAUGAUAAAAUGAAGGAUUUUAGAAUGGAAGACGUCAAAGCGGAAAUUCCAUUAGGCAUCACAGUCCAAGGAGAUGUUCUCAUUGUGAUCUAUCAUGCCAGAUCCACUUUAGGCGGGAGACUCCAAGCCAAGAUGGCGUCAAUGAAGAUGUUCCAGAUCCAGUUUCAUACAGGAUUCGUACCCCGGAAUGCCACUACUGUGAAAUUUGCAAAGUACGAUUUGGACGCCUGCGACAUUCAAGAGAAAUAUCCUGACUUAUUCCAAGUGAACCUGGAAGUUGAGGUGGAGCCGCGGGAUCGACCCAGCACUGAGCGAGCCCCCUGGGAUAACUUGAACAUCAAGGGUCUAAAUCCCAAGAUCCUUUUCUCCAGCCGGGAGGAACAGCAAGAGAUUUUAACCAAAUUCGGUAAGCCGGAACUACCUAGGCAGCCAGGUUCAACUGCCCAAUACGAAGCGGAAGCAUCCAAGUCGGAACAGUCUUCGGAAGGCACACCUGGGGAGCCCGAUUCUCCGCCAAGCAGCAGCACUGACGCAAAUUUCUUCCAUACCCUUGACUGGCAAGGCCACUCAAAAUCUGUUCUGAGAAAAGCUGAAGUCUGUGACGCUGACUCUGACCUGACAUCAAAAGGCCAACAUUCUGAAAUAGCACCCGAGGGCCACUUUUUGAAAACGAGUCCAGGGCCAAUUGAGGAAAGGGAUGACAGUGAGCUCUCCGACGAAGAAUUUGCUGCCUUUCCCAGCGACGCGAGACCAGCCGAGGAAAGAGAGAAACAGACCCUGGAACAGGAAGCGGACGAGCAGCUUUUUGAAGCUGACUUUGAAUCUCCCGCUGCCGCUCAGCCGGAAGGUUCUCUCGUGGAAGACAGUGUUGACUUGCUGGGACUGGAUUCGGAAGCUCCGCCCGAACUGCUCCAGCCUCCUUCAGAGAUGAAGAGUUCCUCGAGCAACGCGGACUUGCUGAACGACCUGUUCGUGGCUGGCGCGCCCGAGAGUACGGAAGACUCGACCGCAGACCUUCUGGGCGGGGGAGCGGACUUCUUCUUCGGUGGCCAACCUCAGCCCUCAGCCAAUCCCCAGGGUAGCGCUCCCUCAGCGGUAGCCGCCCCAGCUUCUGCAGCCGACCCGUUUGACCCGUUCACAGUCAACCCCGACAAUCCAACUCUUACCGGCCCUGAUCUCUUUGGCGACUUCCUUAGUCCCAAUGAACCGACAGUAUCUGGUAUGUUUCCUUCUGCGCAUAGUGCUCCACCUCCUUCCUCUAGCACAGACUUCCUUAAUUUAGGAAAUUUGGCACCAGACCCACCGAAAAUGACUUCCUCUGCAAGCCAGCCAGACCUUUUAGGAGGUUGGGAUUCAUGGGCUGAUUCCCCACCAAUUAGCACCACGGCACCAGCGCAGCCGCCGAAGAAGUCCACUUUGGAAGGCCAAAGUUUUACGACAGGAGGUCCAGCAAGUGUCUCCUCGGGCCUUUCGUUCAGUCAAGCAAAAUCGCAGAAUUUUGAUCCCUUUGCUGACCUUGCCAACCUGAGAACUGGCCUUCCAGGUGCUUCUAGUGGAGGAUUCCCAGCUGGAAGUUUUGCUCCGAAGUCCGCUCCGUCUCAGAAAGCAGGGAGCCAGUGGCAGGCUGGCAAACAGCAGACCGCUGGCACAUCGUGGCAAACUCCGGCGCAGCCGAAAGCAUCCGAGCAAGCCAGGCCAAGCGCGCAGCUGAAACCCAACUACACCGUGAAUUUCAGUGUCAUUGGAGGGCGGGAAGAGAGAGGCAUCAGGGCCCCUGGCUUUGGACAAAAACCCAAAGUUUCAGAAAACGACUUUGAAGAUCUUUUGUCGAAUCAAGGGUUUUCAGCGAAACUGGAUAGAAAAGGACCAAAGACUAUAGCUGAGAUGAGAAAGCAAGAAAUGUCUAAAGAUAUGGAUCCUCUAAAAUUAAAGCUUCUAGAUUGGAUUGAUGGAAAAGAGAGGAAUAUAAGAGCUUUAUUGUCUACUCUUCACACUGUGCUCUGGGAAGGUGAAACCAAGUGGAAACCCGUUGGCAUGGCAGACCUGGUUACCCCAGACCAUGUCAAGAAGUACUAUAGGAAGGCAGUGCUUGUUGUUCAUCCAGAUAAGGCCACGGGGCAGCCCUACGAACAGUACGCCAAAAUGAUCUUCAUGGAGCUGAACGACGCGUGGUCAGAAUUUGAAAACCAAGGAUCAAAAUCGCUUUUCUAAUAUGCUCCCUUUUGCAGGGGGAGGAUUUCGAAAUGUAUUGGCAGCGAAACCGAAAUCUUGAGUGCUGUUAGUGUAACCUCCUUAGGCCGAGGAGGGGAGGGGAGGUGGGGGGAGAGACCUUUCCCGAUUGUUGCACACCUUGAAACUAUACACUCACAAUUUGGCGCGUAUUGUAGGACAUAGAAUACGAGACGUCACACAGGGGCCGUUCUGGCUCCAUCAGCGCCGGGAUGUUUGUGCCCUGGGAGUGGAACGUUCCAGGCCAUCUCAGCUAGCAUGGAGCCUUGCCGAAAAGUCUGACGAUGACUGCUGGUUGUGGGCAAACUUAGCUAUGGGAAACAUCAUCCAUUUUGAAUCCUGAUUUUUUUUUUUUUUUGGUUGUCCAUUUGAAGAAACACACGACCUCAAUUUGCAUUUCUAUUUCCCCCCCUGUAGUCCUUGUGAUUUUUGAUUUUUGUUACUUUACUUGUUUGCCUUAUUCAAAGUGCUUUAGUUACCUUAUCAGCUGUGAGUUUGCUCAGCGUCUCUUCUUCCUGGUUUCUGUGAGAGGUGUACAUUUUCUUCUGUAUUUUAUGUAAUCAUUCCGAUAAUCAUUCUGUAUAUAAUUAAACAGUUUUCUGACAACA